GUACUGUACGGCAAACAAGACGAGAGCGCGCGAUCGCCGCCGGGAUGUGGAGGCGACGGCUGAGCGCCCUUCUUCCGCGAACCCCCUCCGCCCCGUCCGCCUACCAGCAGAAGCACCGCCCCAUCCUCCUCCCCACCCCCAAUGAGAAACCGCCUGCUCUGAAUCUGCUCAGGCUGUUCACAUCCCUAGCUGGAAGUGAUGGUGAUAGACCGUUCAUUGCUUUCGUCCUAGGGGGGCCUGGCAGUGGGAAAGGAACACAAUGUAGUAGGAUUGCUUCGGAUUUUGGGUUUGCUCAUGUGAGUGCUGGCGACCUUCUGCGGAAUGAAAUAUCUUCUGGUACUGAUAAAGGGGAGGACAUCCUAGAGAUAAUAAGGGAGGGGAGGAUUGUUCCUUCAGAGAUAACUGUUGAACUGAUCAGAAAGGCAAUCGAAUCAAGCACUGCUAAAAGGGUUCUUAUUGAUGGUUUCCCAAGGUGCGAGGAAAACAGAAUUGCAUUCGAGAAAUUAACUGGAACUGAACCAGACCUUGUGAUUUUCUUUGACUGUCCUGAGGAUUUGAUGGUUAAACGCCUCCUAGGCCGUAAUCAGGGACGAGUUGAUGAUAACAUUGAGACAAUCAAGAAGCGUCUAAAAGUGUUCGAAAGUUUGAAUAUGCCAGUUGUUAAUUACUACUCUUCAAGGGGAAAGGCUCACAAGAUAAAUGCAACAGGAACUGCAGAUGAAAUCUUUGAAGCAGUCCGCAAGUUGUUUUCCUCCUUAAGGCUAUGAGGAGGCUGUCUUCUUCCAGCGGAGCCAGGGGAGUCACGCCUGGUGGAAAUUCCCCAUUUCUUUUGACAGCUUCAGCUUAAUAAUCGUACAUAUUCUGAUGCUCAUUUGUGGGCUUGUGAAACCCAAGCUGUUAUGAUAAGUUCUAACGAGCCCCCUUGUCGCGCCAACGGUACGAAGCAGGGUACUUUCUUGUGGCGAUACCGUUUCGAUAAUUUCUGGCCAACACUCUUACUACAGCGUAUGUCUGCUGCCACCAGAACAAAUUGUAUGAUAAUAAGGUGUAAUUCCGUGCCCCGCUGGUCACGGUUUGCUCUGCUACGUUUAUUUAUUCUGAGACGAGGACUGCAGGCGUCUGGUAAUAAAAAUAGUAUUACUCA